CACUACACCAGACGAACCGUCUAUCUGGCCAGGCCUCGCCACGCCUAUCCGCACCCUCCCCUCCCCUCCCCUCCCCUCCCCUACUCUCUCGGAAGCGGCGCCGCUGCCGCCGCAGCGGCGAGGAGCCAGCCAUGGCGGCGCACGCGACGCUCCCCUUCUCCUGCUCCUCCACGCUGCAGACCCUGACCCGCACCCUCUCCUCGCGCGGGGCUCACCAGCUCCGCGGGGGCUUCCUCCGCCUCCCCUCCCUCGCGGCGCUCCCGAGGCUGGCCCACCCCUGCCGCCGCCACGUCUCGGCGUCCGCUGCGGCGGCGCCCAAUGGCGCCUCCGUUGAGGGGGAGUACGACUACGACCUCUUCACCAUCGGUGCCGGGAGCGGCGGCGUCCGCGCGUCGCGCUUCGCCUCCGCGCUCUACGGCUCGCGCGUCGCCAUCUGCGAGAUGCCCUUCGCCACGAUCGCCUCGGACGAGCUCGGUGGCCUCGGCGGCACAUGCGUGCUUCGUGGAUGUGUUCCAAAGAAAUUGCUAGUGUACGCAUCCAAGUACUCUCACGAGUUUGAAGAGUCUCGUGGAUUUGGAUGGACAUAUGAGACUGAUCCGAAGCAUGAUUGGAGCACUCUCAUAGCCAAUAAAAAUACAGAGCUGCAGCGCCUGGUUGGCAUUUACAGGAAUAUUUUAAACAAUGCAGGAGUCACUCUGAUCGAAGGUCGUGGAAAGAUAGUCGAUCCUCAUACUGUCAGUGUGAAUGGUAAGCUCUACACUGCUAAGCACAUACUAGUUAGUGUUGGUGGCCGACCAUCGAUGCCAGAUAUCCCUGGUAUAGAGCAUGUUAUAGAUUCGGAUGCUGCGCUGGAUUUGCCUUCAAAACCUGAGAAAAUUGCAAUAGUGGGAGGUGGGUAUAUUGCUUUGGAGUUUGCUGGCAUUUUCAAUGGCUUAAAGAGUGAAGUCCAUGUGUUUAUUCGUCAGAAGAAAGUUUUAAGAGGAUUUGAUGAAGAGGUUAGAGAUUUUGUCGCUGAACAAAUGUCUUUAAGGGGCAUCACGUUUCAUACAGAACAGAGCCCUCAAGCUAUAACUAAAUCAAAUGAUGGUCUGUUAUCUUUGAAGACCAAUAAAGAAAAUUUUGGUGGGUUCUCACAUGUAAUGUUUGCAACAGGUCGCAGACCAAAUUCAAAGAACCUUGGACUGGAAGCGGUGGGGGUUGAAAUGGAUAAGAACGGUGCAAUAGUGGUUGAUGAGUAUUCACGUACCUCAGUUGAUUCCAUUUGGGCUGUUGGAGAUGUUACCAAUAGGGUCAACCUGACACCAGUUGCACUGAUGGAGGGUGGGGCAUUUGCGAAAACUGUCUUUGGCAAUGAACCUACCAAACCAGAUUACAGAGCUAUACCUUCUGCUGUGUUCUCCCAACCACCAAUAGGACAAGUUGGUCUUACUGAGGAGCAGGCAAUUGAAGAGUAUGGAGAUGUUGAUGUCUUCGUUGCCAACUUCAGGCCCCUCAAGGCCACUCUGUCUGGACUACCUGAUCGUGUAUUGAUGAAGAUUCUUGUGUGCGCUACGUCAAACAAAGUUGUAGGAGUGCACAUGUGUGGUGAUGAUGCACCUGAGAUAAUUCAGGGAAUUGCAAUUGCUGUUAAAGCUGGAUUGACGAAGCAAGAUUUUGAUGCCACCAUUGGCAUUCACCCCACAUCCGCUGAGGAAUUCGUCACAAUGAGGAGCCCGACUAGAAAAAUUCGAAAAAGUUCUACAGAUCAGGUAGAAUCUAAAGAUGAGGUUGUAAGUAAGCAGUAGAUAGCAUUUUUUCCUAGGAGGUGUUCUCGGGGGAGGGAGUAUUCCUGCUGCAGGACGACAGCUGGACGGAAUUUUGGAAUACACCGGCAGAGUAGCUGAAAUAACGGCUAGGAAUUUCUGAGAAAUUUCAUGUUAGGGAACCAACGAUGCUGUUUAAUAGAAUUGGCUGUACAUACCUGUCCGCCGAGCUAUUUUCCUGUGUCUUGUACGUUGAAAUAAAAUACUGCAAAUGUUUGCCUUACGGUCAUGAAAUUUUGCAAUAACCAAUAAGUAAUCAAUGCGCCUUCCUA